GCAGUGCAACUGCAGCGAGUGACGGGCCUGUCGAACUCUGCGUCCUUCUCCGGCCUGCAGCCGAUGACGUCGUAUUCGAUCGGCGUUUCCGCGCAGUACGACGACACGGAGUUUCGCAAGGCGGGAGUCAUGACGGCGUCCACGAGGUUGAACGUCAGCGACGACGUCGAUUGCAAGUGCAACGUUGAGGGCACUGUAAACCAAACGUUCUGCUACGAUGUGACGAAGCAGUGCUGGUGCUGGGAGGGCUUCACGGGCCAGCACUGCAACAAGUGCGCCGCCUAUCACUAUUCGCCGUAUGCCACGAAGGAGUGCAAGCCGUGCCCGUGUCUGCUCGAUCACUCCUCAGGAAGGUGUUACAUGGAUUAA